AUGCAGCAACAGCUAUCCUAUUCAUGCGGAUCGCGCGGCGUAGGUUUGAGCGGUUCUCGUCGGUUCGGUCGUAGAGUAGCGCCGCGGCUGGUUGUACGCGCUCACGGGCACGCAAGCUUUCCAGAGGAGCAGGAAGCUGAGGAGCAGCCCUCAACAUCAUAUUCGCCAGCGGCACGGCGGGCUUACGCGCACAUCGUGGCUCCGCAGCGCAUUGGCGCGGAGUACGGCGAGGGUUUCCUACAGUUUCGGCACGGAGGCGAGCCCAGGCGCCUUGAUGUGGCCGCUCUCAACGAACAGCUGAAGGCGGGGGGCGCCCUCCGGAUGCGGUUUCAGUUGCGACCUGACGAAGCAUACGGCACGGUGUUUGACUUUGACACGGUUAUUGCGGACACGGCGGGAGCAUAUCGCCGUGCGUGGCGUCGGGUGGCGGCUGAGCGCGGCUUGCCGCUGCACCCUCUAGCUCGACUGAGCAUGCACAACACAGCACCAGAGAGAAUCAUUAUGGACGUGAACGGGUUGGAGGCGGGUCAGCAGCGGCAGCAGCAGCCCUCCCAAUCCCAGCAGCCGCAGCUGCAGCCGCACCAGGCCGGGGAGCCGCAGCCAGGCGUACGGGACUGGCUUAAUGCACUCACCAGCUUUAAUGUGCCUGUAGCGCUGGUUUCGGUGCUGGACAAGGCGACUGUACGACGAGCUUUGGAACGAAUGCACUUACACGAUCAUUUCCAGGUGCUGGUGACAGCGGAGGACGAGUUGGAGUCCACUGCUCAGCGGUACCUGUCAGCCGCUCUGCAGAUGCAGCGACCUCCCAACAUGUGCGCGGUGUUUGGCGCCACUCCAGAGGCAGUGACGGCGGCACACAACUGCACCAUGAAGGCCGUGGCUGUGGCAAUAUCCCCCGAUUACCCCGCGUACAAGCUCCGCACCGCCGACGUGACGGUGGCCUCCCUGGACCAGCUCACCGUCUACAACCUGAGAAGACUGUUUGCCAAUGCGGGAGAUGAGUUCAUGGACCUCAGGAAGCAACGCAGCGACGAUCAGCCCCGGAACAAGCGCAGGACAGCAAACGCCAUGUUGUAA